UAAUGGUGGGUUUGGGCUGGUGAACUCAGAUUGCAGGGAGUGGUGGCUGAGGACAGGCGCCCCGAAGAGGUGGAGAGCAGACCGGGUGGGAGGGAGGAAGAAGCCAUGAAGACAGGAGGCUGUGGGUGAUCAGCUGAUCAGUGCGGUUCUCCUGAGCCCCUGUUGCGCGCCAGCCAUGGAGGAUACACGGGUACCCACGCCAGGAAAGAGAAAAGAUCCUACUUGCUGUGGAAAAUGGAUCGGAAAGGGGGAAGAAUUGGGAGCCUACGUAGGAAAGUGUUGCAGGAGCCCCGACGUAGACAAAAAAAGACAUGUGGAGCUGAAGAUGGACCAGGCGUUGCUGCUCAUCCAUAAUGAACUGCCCUGGACGAACUUGACCGUCUACUGGAAUUACGACCGCUGUUAUCAAUGCUUGCUUCAGGUCCUGGUCCACGCCUCCCGCAGUGGGAAACCCGGAAAGCCCAGCGUGGCAGCCGUGGCCGUCGGCACCCAGCACGUGUCCAUCCUGCAACUCAACGACACCGUGGAGGACAAGGAACUUUGUAGGUUGGAAUAUAAAUUUGGAGAAUUUGGAAACUAUUCUCUCCUGGUAAAGCACGCCCCUGAUGGAGCCAGUGAAGCUGCUUGUGACCUGGUUGUCAACGAGAAGCCAGUCGACAGUGACCUUCCCGUGACUGUCGCGUUCCUCGUGGGCCUGGCCCUCGUCAUUGCAGUGUCCUUUCUAAAAUUCCUGUGGAGUUUGGAAGACUUUAAUAAUUGGAUUUCUAAAGCAAUAAAUUCUCGGGAAACUGAUCGUCUCAUCAAUUCUGAGCUGGGGUCUCCGAGCCGUGCGGGCGACCCCCAGCCAGAGGCCUGGCGACCGUCGGCUGCCCCGCUGCGCCUCCGCUGCCUGGACACCUUCCGGGGGGUGGCUCUCACCAUCAUGGUCUUUGUCAACUAUGGAGGAGGGCGAUACUGGUACUUCAGACACUCGAGCUGGAACGGACUGACAGUGGCCGACCUCGUGUUCCCGUGGUUUGUUUUUAUUAUGGGAUCUUCGAUUUUUCUAUCAAUGACUUCCAUUCUGCAGCGGGGAUGCUCAAAGUUCAGAUUGCUGGGGAAAAUUGCGUGGAGGAGUUUCCUGUUAAUCUGUAUAGGAAUUGUCGUUGUGAACCCCAAUUACUGCCUUGGUCCACUGUCGUGGGAGGAGGCUCGCAUCCCUGGCGUGCUCCAGCGGCUGGGGGUGACCUACUUCGUGGUCGCCGUGUUAGAGCUGCUCUUUUUCAAGCCCGUGCCUGAGAGCUGCGCCUCGGAGAGGAGCUGCCUUUCUCUUCUGGAUGUGGUGUCCAGCUGGCCGCAGUGGCUCGUCAUCCUGGCGCUGGAAGGCAUCUGGCUGGCCUUGACCUUCUUCCUGCCUGUCCCCGGAUGCCCCACCGGUUACCUCGGCCCUGGUGGCAUUGGCGAUCUGGGCAAGUAUCCGAAUUGUACUGGAGGGGCUGCCGGCUACAUUGACCGCUUGCUCCUGGGAGACCAUCACAUCUACCAGCAUCCUUCCUCUGCUGUGCUUUAUCACACCGAGGUGGCCUAUGACCCCGAAGGCAUCCUGGGCACCAUCAACUCCAUCGUCAUGGCCUUUUUGGGAGUUCAGGUAUUUGUCUGUUUUAUUACAGCACGUCUUCCUUAUGGUUUUUACCAUCUUUCUCCCCCGUUACAGGGGCUCAUUUCUGUUGCUCUGACAAAAGCUUCCGAAAAUGAAGGCUUUAUUCCAGUGAACAAAAAUCUCUGGUCCAUCUCCUACAUCACCACGCUGAGCGCCUUUGCCUUCUUCAUCCUGCUGGUCCUGUACCCCGUUGUGGACGUGCAUGGACUGUGGACGGGGACCCCGUUCUUCUACCCGGGGAUGAACUCCAUCCUGGUGUACGUCGGCCACGAGGUGUUCGAGAACUACUUCCCCUUCCAGUGGAGGCUGGGGGACAGCCAGUCGCACAAGGAACAUCUCAUCCAGAACCUGGUCGCCACCGCUCUCUGGGUGCUCAUCGCCUACGUUUUGUAUAAGAAGAAGGUUUUUUGGAAAAUCUGAGCGCCCCAGCUGCGGUGCGUUGCUGGCAGAGCCUGCAGGGCCUGGGGAAUCGUUAAAAGGAGUCACUCGUCAUAAAACGGGUGGGCUGUGUAUCUCCCGAUCGUGGGGAGUCGGAACCUGCCUGUGCACGUGGGACUUCAUAACCGUCGGAGAUGUAAUUGUCUCUCCUCUCCAUCCCCGAUGUAGUGGAUUUGGAACUUCGUUCUGAGGAUUUCUCAUGUAAGUUUUCCAAAGGGAACUACCAGGCCAUUUUGCUUCUGUGGCAGAUAAAACAGCCUCAGGUCAGAUUCUCACUGAUCUGGGUUUCCUGCAAACCGCCUUCCCACGGGCGUCCACGCCAGCCGAGAUACCAGCGUUUCUGCUCUGACCACUUGCCAGGCUUGUUGGGCGCAAUGGCUCCUCACACAGCCUCGCAUGUUUUGAAGUCCAGUGUAAUACUUCAGGAAAGUCAAAGUCAUUUCCUACCACUCUGUGAGGCAUUAGUGGGUCCAAAAA